CACACUUUCGCAACUGCUUCUUGCCUCCCUCAUCACCCAUCCACAUUGCACGGCUCAUUUGAUAGAACCCCGGCGCCGUUCAUCAUGGCCCCUACCCCCCGAAAAAUGAAUUUCAUAACCGGCAACAAAAACAAACUGGCGGAAGUGAGGGCGAUCCUAGGUAGCGUCGUCGAGGUUGACAACCAGUCCGUCGAUGUGCCCGAGAUACAGGGAACCAUUGAAGACAUUGCCAAGGAAAAAUGCAGACGCGCAGCAGAGGUGGUUGGGGGUCCUGUUCUGACGGAGGACACGGCCCUUGAAUUUCGCGCACUAAAGGGCCUACCAGGCCCGUAUAUCAAGCAUUUCCUUGAUGCACUAGGUCACGAAGGCUUGAAUAAGUUGCUCGACUCGUUCGAGGACAGAACCGCAGAAGCGGUGUGUACGUUUGCAUUUUGCUCUGGCCCUGAUUCCGAGCCCAUUUUGUUCCAGGGAAGAACCGAGGGGACAAUUGUUAGGCCUAGAGGGCCCUCGAAUUUCGGUUGGGAUCCAAUCUUUGAAUACCAAACCAGAACGUACGCCGAAAUGGAAAAGGAGGAAAAGAACAAAAUUUCUCACAGAUAUAAAGCUUUAAUCAAGCUACAACAGUGGUUGAUUGAGGGACAAUCUUAAAGCUUCCAUCACUAAGUAACCACUCAGGACGCACUGAGAUGUUGGGGUUCUAUUCGACUUCAGAAUGGUCUUUCUUCCAUGAUUCGAUCCAGGUUGAAAUCCUCGCACAGUUGUUCUCUACAUCGUCAUCCCUUUCGCUACUGAGUUCGACCACGACCUCCUCAUCAAAAGCCUCCC